AUGUAUGAUUGGUGAUGAGAGCAUGCUGAUGUGGCAUUAGGCUGAGGUGGCACUCAUUGUGUUGUGGGUGGUACCGAGGUCAAGACCGGUCAUCAAAUGCACACUCAGCUCAAUUGGUGAGAAAUCUGUGGUUGGGGGCAGCUAUCUCCAGAUACUGUCUGCCUAACUGAUGAGCGGAACAGAUCCUGUUGAUGAUAGAGCAGACAAUCGGAGACUAACACGUGCAGAAGCACUUAGGGUCCCGCACGUGUUCCAGGCACUACGACCGGGAGAAGAAAGACGACUUAUAGCCGAGCGUAGAGCCCGUGCACUAGCAGCAGCUAGGGCCACAGUAAACGCCGCAGCUAGGGAACAGGCUGCCCCAGCAGCCAGGGCAUUAGAGAUGUCUUCUGCAGCAGCAACAUCCUCGGUUGCGUCUUCAUCUGCAACCAAUGGGACCAUGUUGGGAAUUCCAACAAGUUCCACGGGCACUUCCAGUUCAAUGGGUUCUCGACAGUCUACUAGUCAAAUGGCGGGCUCGCAGUUCAGCCCGUUGACCCCACGUGAGAGGGAGCUCAGAGAGAUCCAACAGGUCGAGAGGCUCCGCCAGAAGUUAGAGGAGGACCUGAAAAAGGCAACAGAUAGGGAAAGAGAGAUAAAAAAUAGAGCAGCCAGGCUUGAUAGUUUAGAGGCUGAAAAGGCUGAGGGCUUGGAUGAGUCAGCAUUGACUGACCCGCUGAAAACGCUGAAGAAGAAUAUGCUGUCACAGCAUGCGCACGUGGACAGCAGAUUAGACUUCAUGCAAAGCACUCUAGACCAGAUCCUGGACGCAUUGACAAGGCCAGGAUUCAGGCCACCAGCACAAUCGCCGUUGCCGUUAUCGGCGAUGUCAAGCCCCUUUCCAGUUCAAGCUGGCACACAGCCAAGUGGUACGACUGCAGCAGCCGCACAGACUGUUGCAUCUUCUUCUUCGGGUCCAGCGGUGGGAGCUACACCACCGCAACAACCUGUUCCUCAACAGGGACAGCAACAAGGUCAAUGGUACCCCAAGACCCCAAUGAAACCGCCUCUUGCCUUCUCAGGCGAGAGAAAGGACGAAGAGCUCAACACUUGGUUGAAGACAGUCCCGGUUUGGGUAAAGGCAAAGAGGACCUUGCCUGAGGAUGAAGUGGUAACUGCUGCAUCUUACCUCGAGGGUAAGGCAACCAAAUGGCUAGAUGGUGUAGUUGUGAAGGCAGGGUAUGGGCGACGCAUGGCAGACUGGGCUAAGUCAUUAACGUUAGACCAGUUCAUGGAAAUGGUAGAAGCUCGGUGGCAUAAUCCACACGAGGCACAAAAAGACACUGAUGCGAUUAACAAUCUGGACCAACGAAAGUUCAAAUCGGUCAGAGAGCUUACGACUACCGUUGAGAGCCUGAUCCUCGUCCCUGGCAUCAACUAUAGUGACCAGUUCCUGUUAACAACCUUUGUUAGAUGUCUUCCUGAGAACAUCAGGAACUUGCUAGCCAGCGAGGCACGCCUCGAGGACCAUUCAUUUGAGACAUUGUCUAGGAAAGCCUUAGAUUUGGAGGCCACACUAGGCAAUGCUCAACCCACUCAGAACGACACGAAGAAGAAGAAGAGUCCUCGGGAGUGGAAGAAGAAGGGGGCUAAGUUGAUGAUGGUGGAGUCCGAUGGGACUCAAACUGAGAUUGACGAGCUCACUGACCUGAUGGACUAUACAGAGUUUGACGGCGAGGAGGUAGCUGAGGGUAGCACUCUCGCCGCGGUAGUCAAGACUAAGGCAGGUGGCCGAGGGAAGGGCCAACCUAGGAAUAAGUUCGUCGUGGUCUAUCUAGACGACAUUCUGAUCUUUAGUAAGUCUGCCGAGGAACAUGCACGGCAUGUUGAGACAGUACUUUCACUCCUUCGACAGCACAAGUAUAAGGUCAACUUAGAGAAGUGCGAGUUCGGUCGCACUAAGAUACUAUACUUGGGUCAUGAAGUAUCCGCGGAGGGGAUUAGGCCGGAAGAUGCGAAGCUGGCUAGUAUUCGAGACUGGCCACGACCUCGGACAGUCACUGAGGUCAGAUCAUUCCUAGCAAUAUGCGGCUACUAUAGGAACUUCGUAAAGAAUUAUACUACAGUCGCCUCUCCUUUGACUGAUCUAACUCGACUUGACACGCCGUGGGACUGGAGUGAUGAGUGCGAGGGUGCUUUCAAGAGAUUGAAGCAUGCACUCAUGAAUCAUGAGGUCCUCAUGGUUCCCGAUCCGCAGAAGCCAUUCAUAGUGACCACUGACGCAAGCCAAUACAGCAUUGGCGCAGUGCUGGCUCAACAGGAUGGGAAAAAGAUGAGACCGAUUGAGUAUAUGAGCCAAAAGAUGCCAUCAAAGAAGUUGACAAAGUCCACCUAUGAAAGGGAACUCUAUGCUCUAUAUAAAGCACUUGUCCAUUGGAGACACUUCCUAUUGGGAAGGUUCUUCUACUUGAGGACUGAUCAUCACACCCUCAAAUGGAUCAAGACUCAACCGGCUCUUUCUGAUGCACUCAAGCGAUGGAUUGAGGUCAUAGACCAAUAUGACUUCAAGCUUGAGUAUCUGAAGGGAGAGUAUAAUAAGGUUGCUGAUGCGCUAUCACGUAGAGCAGACUACCUAGGUGCGCUAGUUUCUGACUUUGGCGUAUCUGAUGAAGUAACUCAAUCGUUGGUGGGAGCCUAUCACGAAGACCCUGUCACAAUGGACAUCAUUCGCAAACUUCAGGCAAAAGACAAGGCCACGGAAAGCGAGUUUGUGAUGGUGGACGGGCUCCUCUAUCUUGAUAAGGCCCGAAUAAAAAGAUUAGUAGUUCCAUCUAGUGAACCUUUGCGUAGUUUGUUCUUAGGAGAAUGCCAUGACGCAACGGGACACUUCGACUACAAGAAGACGAGUGUUAACUUAGUACAACGAUUUUGGUGGCCAAGAAUGUUCGAUGACGCAAAGAAGUACGUAGAGACCUGUCAGGUCUGUCAACGGGACAAGCCGCGAACUCAAGCACCGCUUGGGUUGUUGAAGCCUUUGCCUAUUCCUGCUGGUCCAGGAGAAAGUGUUUCCAUGGAUUUCAUGGACACCCUGGUGACUAGUAAGAGUGGCAAGAGGCACAUCUUCACAAAGUACGCUAGACUAGUGGCUAUGCCAGAGACCGCAAGAACUGACUAUGUCAUCAAGUUGUUCAAAGACAACUGGGUGCGUGACUUUGGUUUACCAAAGUCAAUCAUUAGUGACCGAGAUGUCCGAUUCACAAGUGAGUUAUGGAAGAAGACUGCAGAACAGAUGGGCAGUCAACUUCAGAUGACUUCAAGGAAUCAUCCCGAAGCCAACGGACAAGCCGAGCAAAUGAAUAGAGUUGUACAGCACUUGCUGAGGCACUACAUCAAGCCCAACCAAGAUGAUUGGGAUGAGCAGUUGCCUCUCAUCGCCAGCCUGGACAACAAUGUUAUCCAUAGCAGCACCGGCGUUAGUCCUAAUCAGCUGCACUUGGGAUGGAAGCCUAGAUCAGCACUAGACUUCCUCCUGCCUGAAAACGGACCCACUGCAACUCCAGGCACAUUAGAGUAUGGUGUGCAGUAUUAGAAGUUGCUGCAAGAGGCUGUCGAGCAUAUGAAGAAAGCUCAGCAAGCAAUGAUUGCUUCUGAGAAUCAACAUCGUAGACAGUC